CCGAGGGGCGCGCAUACAGAUGUGAUGCUGCAGCGGAACUAGUGCUUGUUGACACGCCGCCCGUGGUGGUUUGCCGUGUGGAGCCUCUCUGAAGGAAUAACGUGGACUCACCUCACCGCCAGCCUUGUGGGUGUCAUUAGCCGUGUGAAGUUUAAGGUCUCUAAUGGGCACCGGCCCUGGAGCACCUGUGGUCUGAGUCAGCCACACAAGACUUCUCGUGGGAAAAGGGGACACGUUGCAUUUGGUGGUUCCAGGUUCCACUGAUGUCUCCUCAGCUCCUUGCUUCAGCAUCAUUCUCUUUCUGGCUGAUGGUGUGUUUGCUGCUCGGUGUCGUCCUGCUGCUGUCCACAGGAGUCCAUGGCCAAGGUCGUCUUAAGCUGACGGUCCUGUCUGAGGACAGACUGCAGAUGAAAUGGAAGGAGGCUGACGGACCCGUUCAGGGCUACAAGGUCAGAGUGAGACCCAUCUCAGAGGUGCCGCAGCCCGAGCUGAUGCUGACCACCACACGGGGCCGGGCGACGGUGGCGGGACUGGACUCGAGUCAGGAGUACGCGCUCCAAGUCCUCGUGCUCAAUGGGACGACAGAGAAACUCCUCGCAAAGCGGAGAUUCACCAUGGAGGGUCUACGGGAGGAGGAAGCGAUCCGCAGUGGUAGUCGAGAUCAGAAGAAGAAGAUGUUGCCAGGCGGUUCGGGGUCAGGAGACCUGGACGAGGCAACGGAGGCUCUGACUGGCUUGCCGACAAUUCUGUAUCCAGACCCCGCCACCACCAUCAGCACCAGCACCACCGCAGCCCCUACAGAGCCCCCGGUCCCAGAAACCCCCUCCCAGCCCCCCGACGAGGCCCAGGAGAAAACCACCAAAGAGAAGAGGAAGCGUAAGAAGGAGAAAGAGCGGGAUCGUUCUAAGGGGGAGGAGAAGGAGGAGCAGGGGACGACGCAGGGCAAAGCCCCAGAGGAGAGACCCCGGAAGGCCCCCUUCCCUACCCAGCCGGUGACAGGUACGUCUCCAAGGAAACCGUUUGAGUGUGACAGCGUGGCAGCGGCCGACAUCGUGUUGUUGGUGGACGGCUCCUGGAGCAUCGGGCGCGCCAACUUCAGACGGGUCCGAGACUUCUUGGAGGGCCUGAUGAUGCCCUUCCACAUCGGGCCGGACCACAUUCAGAUCGGUCUGACCCAGUACAGCGGAGACCCCCGCACUGAGUGGCAGCUCAACAGCUUCACAACUAAAGACCAGCUGUUGGAGGCAGUGAGGAAUUUCAGAUAUAAAGGAGGAAACACUUUUACAGGCCAGGCGCUGCUCCAUGUCAUGGAGAACAACAUGAGGGCCGAGGCGGGCGCCAGGUCAGGCGCGCCCGUUUUCCUGGUCUUGUUGACCGACGGGAAAUCUCAGGAUGACGCCAUUGCUGCGGCGAACCGGCUAAAGAGCGCCGGCGUGGAGAUCAUCGCCGUGGGCGUAAAGAAUGCCGACGAGGCCGAGCUGAGACAAGUGGCAUCGGAGCCGGUGGAUCUGAACGUCUACAAUGUCAACGACUUCCCGCUGCUCAUCAAACUGGUGGGCCGGCUAGUUCACAUCCUGUGUGGGAGGAUAGAGGACCGUGGCAUCUCAAAACGAAUGGAGCCCGGGCCCACGGCUGACCCGUACCUCUCCCACCCCGGUCCCACCGACCUCCGCUUCUCUGAACUGGGCUCCAGAGAAGUCCAGCUUCACUGGACCAAUCCCACCAAGCCAGUGCGGCAGCACCGAGUGGUCUACCACAGCGCCGAGGGUCAGACUCCACAGGAGGUGGUGUUGGCCGGCUCAGAGUCCACUGUGCUGCUGCAAGGCCUCUCCUCUCAGACGCUGUACCACGUGUCCAUCUUCCCCGUGUAUGAAGACACUGUUGGCCUGGCGCUCAGAGGAACUGUCACCACACUGCCCCUCGCCAUCCCCACCGACCUGGAGGUGACCCCUUCCUCCUUCAGCACGCUGAGGGUGAGUUGGGGCUCAGCGCCCGGUGCAACACAGUACAUGAUCCUGUACUCGGCCCUCAACCACGGGGAGCCGGAUGACGCCAAGGAGGAGAAGUUCAGUGCAGAACAGACGGGAGGGGUGGAGCUGGCAGGGUUACUGCCGGCGACCGACUACUCCGUCACCCUCUAUGCUCUGUAUGACGAGGACCCCAGCGACCCCGUCACUGCUGUGGCCACCACAUUACACGUCCCACCACCAGUGAGCGUUCAGUUCCCGAUGGUCACGCACAGUAUGCUGAGGGUGAGCUGGGUGCCCGGAGCUGUGGAUGUCCCCGGCCACAGAAUCACCUACAGCACCAACCACGGCAGCGACGUCAAGCAGGUGGAGGUAGCUGGACUGAACUCAGUGGUGGUGCAGAACCUCUCGUCACUCUCCAGAUAUCUGGUAUCAGUCCAGUCUCACUACCCUCUGGGCCUGUCGGCAGCACUCACCAGUAACGUCACCACACUGAAGGUGCCUUCCCCAUCAGACUUCAGGGUGUCCAAUUUCUCGGGCAGUGACAUCACCGUGCGCUGGGAGUCUGCAGCCGAUGACGUCGUCUCUUACCUCAUCAAGUGGAUCUCCCUAAGCGGAGGAGACCUGAGACAGCUGAGGACGGGAGGCGAGAGCGAAGGGGCGAUCCUGGAGGGUGUGGAGGACGAUAAGGAAUACCAGAUCUCUUUGUCUGCACUUUAUGGCGAUGGAGCUCAGAGCGAAGCUGUGGCCACACGCUACAGCACCUUGUCUGGCGGGGGCCCAUCCAGAAUAUUGGUUACCGAGGAGACGGCCGUCAGCUUGGUGGUCAGCUGGGUUCCUCCGAACGCUCACGUGCUCCAGUACCGCGUGUCCUACACUGCGCUGACUGCAGCCGAGACCCAGGACAGCACCGUCGUGGUCCCGGGUGCUGAGAAGCGGGUGACGCUGGAGUCGUUACAGCCAGAUACUCGGUACAGCAUCCUGGUGACCGCUGAGUACCGCAACAGAGAGGGAGGCAGUGGUUCUGCUCAGGGAAAAACCGCAAGUCUGCGGGUGAGCAGUGUGAGUGUGGUCCGGUCAGACCACUCCAGUAUCUGUGUGUCUUGGAGGCCCGUGUCUGCUGUCGAUGGAUAUCGUAUCGUCAUCCAGUCAGUCAAAGACAAGCAAGCAAAGGAAGAGGCGGUGGAUGAGUCCAGCAGCAGUCAGUGCUUCACUGAUCUGGAACCAGAGACUCUGUAUCGCAUCAGCGUGCACUCUCUUCUGGGCUCAGCAGAGGGCGCCGCCGUCUCCAUUCUCCAUCCAACAGCCACAGCUCCCGCAAGAAUCCCCAUCCACCCCCGGAUGUACCCCGUCCACAACGAAGUCUGCCCCGAAGUCACCAUCAGAAACAGCUUUGUCAAAGGAUUUGACAUGAUGGAAGCCUUCGGCCUGACCGAGACGGCCCACUCGUCUGUGGAGGGCGUCGCGGCCGAGCCCUUCGCGUUCAACGACCUCCCCACGUACACUCUGUACAGAGACGUCCAGCUGACACAGAGCACCAGGUUCAUCCACCCUGCAGGUUUCUCGCCUGAACACACCAUCAGCAUCGGCUUCCGCGUGCUGCAGGAGACUCCCCGGGAGCCCUUCGCCCUCUGGCAGCUCACCGACAACGACUUCCAGCCCAAGAUGGGAGUGGUGCUCGACCCGACCACCAAACACCUGGUGUACUUCAGUCUGGACUACAGGGGAGAAGUGCAGGAACUGACCUUUGACCAGCAGCAGGUUCACCGGCUGUUCUAUGGCAGUUUCCACAAGGUGCACCUGUCGGUCAGCCAGGUGAGUGUGUCCUUGUCCGUGGACUGCCAGCGCGUGGGGGAGAGGCCUGCCCGCCCUCUAGGCAGCCUGCCCACCGACGGCUUUGAGAUGCUGGGAAAACUGGUGAAGACCAGAGGACCCAAUAGUGGAUCCGCACCGUUCCAGCUGCAGUCCUUUGAGAUCGUCUGCAACACGUCGUGGGCUUCAGAGGACACCUGCUGUGACCUGCCAGGGGUGAGAGAUGAGGAGAGCUGCCCCGUCCCGGCCUACACCUGCACCUGCUCCUCCGACGUCCCCGGAGCCCCCGGCUCCCCUGGACCCAUCGGGAAGCCAGGUCCUCGGGGUGAGAAAGGCGUGAAGGGAGAGCCGGGACAAAAGGGGGAGGUGGGUCCUGCAGGAAAGCCUGGCUUUGAAGGAGGUCUUGGACCCCUGGGCAGCACGGGGCCCCGGGGCAUGGCCGUGCAGGGUAAAGCGGGUCCGCCUGGUGCACGAGGGGAAAAGGGAGAUCCCGGGCGACCAGGGGUUCAGGGUUUACCAGGACCUCCGGGUGCAGCAGGAGAGGUGGGGAUUCCAGGCCCUCAGGGCAUUCGGGGGCUUGAAGGAAACAUCGGUGGACCAGGCCUCACUGGCCCCCGGGGUUUCCAGGGAAUGCCCGGACACCCGGGGCCUUUAGGGGACAGAGGCUUCUCAGGACCGGCGGGACCUACGGGUUUGCCUGGAGCUAAAGGGGAGCGAGGAGAGAAGGGGGAGCCUCAGUCCAUGGCCAUGAUCUACCAACUGGUCACACAGGCCUGUGAGCAACUGGUGCAUAAGGAGGUGUUGAAACUUGACUUGUUCAUUAACGAGAUGAGUCGAAAGCCUGCUCCCAUAGAGGAGCCUGUGGGGCCCCCCGGGGAACCUGGUAUUCCAGGGCCGAGGGGCCCACCGGGCCCCAGAGGCACCCAGGGGCGUGUCGGCCUGAGGGGGACCACUGGCAGGGGUGGAUAUCCUGGAGAACAGGGAAGAAGAGGUUUGCCCGGGGGCAAAGGGGACGCAGGGCCCAAUGUCCAGGGGCCCAUAGGGGUCAAAGGAUUUGCAGGUCCUCCAGGGGAGUCCAAGCUGGGCAGCUUAGGUCCCAAAGGAGCAGAUGGUAAAGCAGGCGCCCCAGGGACCGCCGGACCCCCUGGACAGCCGGGCGAGGGCGGACCACCGGGUGUGUGCGACAGCAGUGGAGGCUGCCAACGGGUUCCCCCGCAAACAGAAGACCCGUAUUAUGGCUACCAGCCCUGAGCGACUAGCAACAAGCAGGCAGCGACGCUGAAGGGACUGACGUCGCUUUAAAAUGACUAUAUUUCUUUCUUUGGAGCUGAAUGGCCGCGCAGGAAUGGAGCUGAAACUAAAGAGCAGAUCUGAAGAGGUUUGCUGGGAUGAACUUGCCACUGACUGACGCUGAAGCCUCACAAGCUUCCUGGUGAAUAAAGGAAACAGUAGUGUUACUAUUUUCUUUGACUGAGAAAUGAACCAAGAAUAAGUAGGAAGCUCUCUGAUAUAGAAUAGUGUUUUGACAAACAGCAUCAUAAAGGGACUAUUUUCUCAACGGCAUCAGUCAAGUGCUGUCUUAUACACUAUAAUCGCACUGAAACCUUUUUUCACUAUUUUUAUGUAUUCAUGCACUGUAUCAAUCCCAUGUCGUUUAGCCAUCCGGGUUUCAUUUCUACAUGUUUUAUUUGCCAUGCUAACCUUAACUGCCUCAAUGAGAAUGAAAAGGUAUUAUCCAUGGUGUAAAGGCUUCAUUUUUUUCCAUGGUAUAAAAUACACUGUGAGAAUGUU